GGCGUUAGAGGCUUUUCUCACCUAUUCUCGAUCUGACGUUUUUCUUGCUGUGCGGUCAGCGGUAUUUCUUACUGGCGUUGAGCUACUGCACACUUAAGUCCAGUUCGUCUGGUCUGCAGUCUUCCGUCAUCUCUUCUGUUCUCUGACAAAACUCUUGCUUGGAAUUAUCUUUUUCGACUACCGACCUACAAACGAUCUAUAACCUCUUCCCGCUUCGUUCGGACGGGUUCUUUUUGCUUUGAUCUUAAUACGAUACCCCCAAAAAAUAAUAACUAGACAACAUCACUUCCAACCGGCAAUCUCCAAACACCCGUUUCCCCAACUUACGCAUCGGACGAAUCGUGCAUCAUCAAAGUCGGUCUGGUCCAACUUUUGCAUAACGCGGGAUUCCCAGAAAGAAAAAACUGUUACGAUACGACGCAACACAAAGAAGAAGAAGAUAUCAGGAUAUAAUCACAGACAACCAAAAUGACCGCCGAUUCAAUCGCUGAUGCCUCUGCCGCUAGCGGCACCGAAGUUGGCUACCCCAAUGGCCAUCUUGGGCACCUCAAGCCGGAAGAGCAGGAAGCGCUUGAAAGCUUCAAGACCAACCUGACAGAAAAGGGAUAUUACAAGCCGGGGCCGCCGGCUUCGCAUGACGACCAGACACUGCUACGAUACUUGCGCGCCCGGAGAUGGAACGUGGUUGAUGCGUUUAAGCAAUUCAAGGAGACGGAGGAUUGGCGCAAGGCGAACGACCUCAACGUUUUGUACGACACCAUCGACUUGGAGGCGUACGAGGCCAGCAGACGGCUGUACCCCCAAUGGACGGGCAGAAGAGAUAGGAGAGGCAUCCCCCUUUACCUCUUCGAGAUCCGCCACCUCGACUCCAAGACCGUCUCGGCCUACGAAAAAGCCGCCGAAACGAACCCCUCCAAGGCUGUCACUGACGGCCAGACCUCUCCCAAGCUCCUGCGCCUCUUCGCUUUGUACGAGAACCUGACCCGCUUCGCCCAACCCUUGUGCACCGAGCUUCCCGACCGCCCGCACGCCACCACCACACCCAUCACUUUGUCCACCAACAUUGUCGACGUCUCGGGCGUUUCGCUCCGCCAGUUCUGGAACCUCAAGUCGCACAUGCAAGCGGCCUCGCAGCUGGCCACAGCACAUUACCCGGAAACCUUGGACCGUAUCUUCAUCAUCGGCGCGCCUUACUUUUUCAGUACGGUGUGGGGCUGGAUCAAGCGCUGGUUCGAUCCCAUCACCGUGUCCAAGAUUUUCAUCCUUGGGCCCUCGGAGGUGAAGGCAACGCUGGAGGAGUUUAUCGACCCGAAGAAUAUCCCCAAGCAGUACGGUGGUGAGCUCGACUUCACGUGGGGUGAUCAGCCGAAAACGGAUCCCUACAUCAAGGAGACGGUCAAGUGGGAGAACGGACUGAAGGAUUUCCCCGAGGGGCCCAAGUAUUGGAGGCCGACGGCUGAUGGGACAAGGAUGGAGUGUGUCGCGGUGGGGAGUGAGGAGGGCAAGCAGAGGAUGCUUAGUGUGGGGACUCUUGAGAGAGUUUGCAAUGUGAAGAAGGUGGAUGGGGACGCUUUGGCCGAGGGGGUCAAGGGCUUGAGCGUUGGCGAUGCUGAGAAGAAUGAGGUUGUUGAGACGGGGAAGGAGGCUACGGUUCCUGUGGUCUCGGCUUAAGGUUUGCGUUUUAAUAAGAGUGGGAAUUCUUUUUUCUCAAGUGGUGAGCCUUUGAGCGGUUGGGGAUUUUUGGUUAUAUACAGAGAUACCUUGGAAAUUUCUCUUCUCAGCAUUGGCUAGCUCUACCAAAUACGGGCUUGUGUGUACCUCUGGUUGGAAAACAUGUACAACUUGCAUAAACAAGCAUAAUAUACAGUAUAAAGCGGGUUUACAGCUCGGCAC